AUGUCGUACGUAGCGAUUCCGACAAGCACUGAGCCGAGCUAUCCUCGACCUCCGUACGUCGAAUUCGAUUCCGACAUUACUUCGGAACAGCCUAAGCCCAAGACUUUCGCCGUGCCCCGGAAGCCCGUCUUCUCCGCCACCGUCCAAGAGCGCGAACCGACUCCGACCUCCCAGCCUCCGCCGCCUGGCUGGCCCGAGCAUCCCCAGAUUCUAGGCAGGCGCGGGCCAUUUGCUGUCUGGCUUCCGUUGCGAUUGUGGGACAUUGUUCUGGCUCUCUGUCCCAUUGCGUUCCUAAUUCUUGCCGUCUUCGCAUUAGCCCUCGACUUCCAACCCAUCUCCGACUAUGGCGACACCGUUGUAGAAGCCACCCGUCUCGGUCCGACCGUAUUCCCCAUAAUUUUCGCCGCCAUCUCAAGCCGCUUCUUCCGAAAUCUAGCGCGAUGGAAGGCCGAGCAGCGCCGGGGCAUCGGCCUCGCCGCCCUCGAACAGAUCCUCGGCAGCCAGAGCUUCGCCGGCACAUUCGAGCGCGCCUUCUUUCUGCGGACGAACUUGGCCAUGGCCGUCGUCACGCUCAUGGUCUGGGCCAUGUCUCCCAUCGGCGGCCAGAGUUCGUCUCGCCUUCUUUAUACGGAAAUGCAUGUUGAUUCCGAGUCUAUGACGCUCUUUUACCCUAAUAUUACCGAGGGUGACUCCUGGGUUAGUUCGGCGAGCGGACUGGACGAUGCGGAGGCCAUCCUGUCGACGAUAUACUCGGCGAGUCUGCUGACUUCCCCGGCUAUGAAGGGCGCCCUGACGGACAUGUGGGAGAGGCCGAAAAUUCCGAAAUGGGAUCUGUCGAGGACUUAUCAGACUGAUUCGGAUGGCUGGCGGGAUAUCGACCAACAGGCCCUCCUCGACGGAAAGGACGAUUACUCUGCUCUGGUUGGUCUGAAGAUGCAAGGGUUUACGACCGAAGACGGCGUGUCUUACGAUGUUACCGUCGAAAGCUCUUACAUUGACUUUACCUGCUCGCUGAUGGCGGACACGGUAACAAAGAACGACACGACCAAAAUCGUCGACGCAAAACGACUGAAUGUCACUAUCCUGUUUGAUAAGGUAACCCCAAUGACCGAGCGUCAAGCGCCCCUCACGGGUGUUUUCGAAAUCCCCGGCAAUGUGACAUUUUUCGAUUGGAAGGAUGCGGCGGGCACGGAGCCUCUCACGCUCUUAUUGGCGGUAAGGUCCUGGGAUGAAGAGAAGCUGCUCCAAGCGGUGUCGUACUUUACUUGCCCUGCGACCCCCGUCAUUGUUGAAACCCAGCUAUCCUGUGGCCCGAAUCCGUCCACCAUCUGCUCCGCAAAACGGCAGCGGCGCCUCCACACUAAUGAGCCCUUCGGGGUCGUGUGGCCCCCUAAUUUAUGGACAGUCUCCAUGGUCAACACGAUCAAGUCCUGGCAGAGAGCGUCGAUAGUCAUCGAUCACGACACCGCUUCCGCAACGGAGUUGUACUUCGCCGGUGACACCGUACUCUUCCUGCACAAAUCCGUGUCUAACUGGACAAACACCGACAUGACAGUCUUCUCAAGACGCAUGACCACGGCCUUCAACACCCUCUGGCAAUCGACCCUCGACCCCUUCAACGCCACUACGGCCCCCCUCAAAGUUCUCCUCUCCAACAACCCAGAAGCAGCGGCGACAGCCCCAAACCCAUCCGUCUCAUCAUCCUCCGCCAGCAGCGUCGCCCUCCCCUUCGAUACCCUAAAUCAAACCCUUCUAGGUGAUCCCCUCCGCGGCAUCGUCCCCGCCGCCGCUACCAAAUCCAAAGCGACAGAAGUCUACCGUGCCAACCGCUGGUGGAUCGGCCUACUUAUCGCCUCGACCAUCAUACUCGAGGCCCUCGCCGUUGCCAGCGCCACCUUCGAGUUCAUCACUUUGGCGCCCGAUGUGCUGGGCUAUGCUAGCUCCAUGGUGCGGGACAACGUGUUCGUGCCGCAGCAGCAGACUGGGUCGGCGCUGCAUGGCACCGAGAGAUCGAGGUUGUUGAAGGAUUUGAGGGUGCAGAUUGCCGAUGUGUGGCCCGAUCGGGAUGUCGGGUAUGUAGCGUUUACAACGGUCGGGAGCCGGCCGAGGUGGACGCCGUUGAGUAGGCACAGGGUGUAUAAGUAG